AUGCCGGCAAUGUUCGUUACAUCGAUAGCACCCGCCGCAACCGCAACGGUUUUUCAAUACUCCCCAAACACUCCUGCAAGCGAUCUGGCGCCUCCACACGUGACGCUCGGCCUCAGUCCGAAGGGGAUCCCUUUGUCUCUUCUCCGACCUCCGCCGCCGACUCCUUCGUUACCCCGCAACGCUCUUGCUCUCAACCAACGCCAAGAAUCCUCCAAGGUCCUUGCCGUUUUCCAACGGUACGUCCCUUCGGAUCCCCCGCUUCUAGUAGUAGCCAUCGAUCGAUGCCAGGAUCCCCACCGACGUCCUCGUCGGCUCGCAAUCAUGCCUCCAUCGCAUCCGCCAAGCUCUGUACCGCGAUUGCGCUGUGGGCUUAUUCGCUCCUUCCGAUCAACGCCAAUAACUCUUGCUUUCGAUCAACGCCAAGCGCCCUUCCACGUCCUUGUCAUCUCGCCUCGCAGCUGUGCCUCCACCUUGGAGCGCUUUGUGUCUAAUGGUCGCCAAAUUUUGUUCGAUGCCGACAGUAUGAAUGCAAUCUCCUCCUACUAUGUCUACCAGGCUUUUGAGAAUGGUGUUGAUAAUUGA